GCCUUAUGGGUCACUGGCAGGAGAACAGCAUGGCUGGGGUGUGGUGUGGGCUCUAUGGGGGAGUGCUGUGCUUCUGGCUGCUGUACUGCCCCUUUGCUCUGGCUCUGGGGGAGCCUAGGGAGCUGGUCUGUGGCCAGAGAAGCUUGCAGUUCAUGCUGCAUCCUGGCCAGGCUGGGGUGGACUCCCUGGCACUGACUGCUUGGGAUGUGGCUGGGAAGCUGCAUGCUCUGCAGAAUGACUCCAGCUGUGGGGUCUGGGUCUCCCAGGCUGCAGAUGGCUCCAGGACAGUUGGUGCCUCCUAUGCCGGCUGUUAUGUCUCUGAAUGGGAUGGCGGUUACCUGAUGGUGGUUGGUGUUGAGGGGAUGGCUGCUGGUGGGCGCAGGGCCUUGCAUGAGGAGAAGGUGCUCAGGUGCCCCAGGAGCCUGCCAGCCCUGGAUGCUCCAAGCCCCGAUGUCUGUGCUGCCAUCCAGAGCCAGGACAGGCUGCCCUGUGGCUCCCCACCCAUCACCCGGGGAGUCUGUGAAGAACAAGGCUGUUGUUUCAACCCCAGUGAUAGGGUGAAGCCUUGUUACUAUGGCAACACAGUGACAGCACAGUGCACUCCAGAUGGCCAUUUCUCCCUCGUGGUCUCUCGGGCUGUGACUCUGCCCCCCCUGAUCCUGGACUCGGUGCAUCUGGCCAAUGGGCGUGGUGCUGGCUGUGUCCCUGUAGAGCAGAACAACGCCUUUGUCCUGUUCCGGUUCCCACUCUCUGCCUGUGGCACCACUUUCCAGAUGGCUGGAGACCAGGGUGUGUAUGAGAAUGAGCUGGUGGCAUUCAGGGAUGUGAGAACCUGGAGUCUGGGCUCCAUCACCCGGGAUAGCACUUUCAGGUUACAUGUCCGCUGCAGCUACUCCAUCAGUGGAAACUUCCUCCCCCUGAGUGUCCAGGUCUUCACCCUGCCCCCGCCCCCUGGUGUGUCCCAGCCUGGCCCCCUGGUGCUGGAGCUGCGCAUUGCCACAGAGCAGAGUUAUGGCUCCUUCUAUGCAGACCGAGAUUACCCUGUGGUGAAGGUUCUGCGGGACCCCAUCUACGUGGAGGUCCAGAUCCUGCAGAGAACUGACCCAGAUCUGGUUCUGGUCCUGCACCAGUGCUGGGCCACCCCCAGCACCAACCCCCAGCAGCAGCCGCAGUGGCCUAUCCUGGUGGAUGGGUGCCCGUACACAGGAGACAACUACCAAACCCAGCUGGUGCCUGUGGGAGCCACCUCAGGGCUGCAGUUCCCAUCUCACCACCAGCGCUUCAUCAUCAGAACCUUCACCUUCAUGGAGUCUGCCUCCCAGCGGGUGCUCACAGGGCCGGUGUACCUGCAUUGCAGCGCCUCAGUGUGUCGGCCCUCCAGGCUGGAGCCCUGCACCCUCUCCUGCCCUGCUGGAGCCCGGGGCAGGAGGAGCUCUGAGCAGCACCUUCAAGAUGGGCUCUCCCACAUCACCAGCCAGGGGCCUGUGUUUCUCCUCCAGGCCAGGCUGAAGAGGGAAGUGUCUUCAGAACUUGGAUCUCCAAGGAACACUGGAGCAGCCUGGAUCUUGGCCUUAGCUGGGGUGAUGCUGAUGGGGGCACUGUGUGUGAUGCUCAUGGCCAUCAUGCAGGGCAGAUGGAGAAAUACAGCCUGUGAGAUCUGUGUGAUACAAUAAACGCUAUUGCAAGCAUGCUUUCUCUGUGCUUCCUGGGCUGGGGCAGUGUGGCCUGGCCCUAGGGGAGGCAGGGGAAACCACUUGCAGGUUUGGCACAAGUGGAGUGAUGGUACUAGAAUGCAGAGUCCAUCUAUGUCCCCUAGGCAGAGCUACCAUCCUGUCCUUCUACCACCUGGGAGCAGGACACUGACUAGCAAGACAGCUGUUGGGGGGAGGGGGGGGGGCCAGGGGAGCUAGCUAGUGUUAUGUGCUUCUCUUCAGCUGCCACCUCUGAGCACACAGCAGG